GCUAAAAUAAGCAAAUAACAAAAUAAAAAAGUAAAAAAAUUAGUUUUUACAAAAAUCAGUUAUUUUUGUUUGUCUUUUAUGUUCAGAAUGCAAAUAAUAACAGCUUCCUGUCUUAAGUCUUUUAAGGCAAGAAUUUAGGUAUGUGCAAUAUUGUUGUCUUCUCCCCAUUUAAUGCCUGUUGUAAAAUGCGCAAUUUCCUCUUCAUGUUUAACUUUUGGAGCAGUAAAUUGGUUAUCUUUUUCAGUUUCUUCCACCCACUCCAAGAUUUCCACUUCUGUAAAUUGUUCAGAUGUUUUUUCUAGCAUUGUUGAAAUUUUCUCAAUAGUCUCCAUUUGCUGCUUUAUUUGUACGCGCUAUAAGCUUAAUGGUAUUAAAUGUUCCGGGUCAUAAUCUAAGUUUUCAACUAACAACUUUUUCCAACACUGUUCUAAAGCAGUUGUUGACACUUUUGUCCAUGCAUUAUGUAAUAAGCAAACUACGUCUUUUUGAUUGAAGUUUUUUAAAGA